UCUCAGCGGCGUCGUCGUGCGCUGACGGACUGCGCAUGCGCUUGAGGAGAGCGCUGGGUUAAGGUGGCUUGUUGAUCCGCAGCCGCUCAGGUGAUGGCUUCCGAUGAAGUCGGUCUCAGUGUUCGAGACCGGCUGGACUGAUCAGUGGAGCCGCGAAGAGCCUGCCUUGACCGUGGGACGUAACACAGAUACUGCGGGCAGUGUUUGAAGAUGGCCCUGAACUAUGUGUCCCUGUCUGCCGGCGAUCGAAGAGGCCUGGUGGCCUACCGCUCUUCCCACGGCGACCUCAGCUCGUCGGCCUUAGCGUUGGCGAUGGUCUCUGGAGACAGCGUCCUCGUUACCAGUCCCGAGGAGAUUCUUCCAGAACCUAUUCUUCGGUCCACUGUGCGGCUGAACUUCCGGACCGAGAGCCGUCGGGCGCCUGGUGGCGGCCGGAGCCCGACCCGCUUUAUAGAGGGAAGGGAACAGGAGGCGCGGAGCCAAAGCCGCCGAGCCAGAUUCUCACCUUACCCGGGCCCUGCGGUUAAACUCGACCUCCUAAGAAGUGUCCUGCAACAGCGUCUGGUGGCAUUUGGAGGUGUUAGCGCAGCCCGUCUUUCAGCUUAAAAUGAAUACCUCGCUCCGCCCCUCAGUUAGCUUGUGAACAAGGCUUCUCUAAAAUACUUUCUUGGUGCAACCGAAGUCUUAUUUUUCGAGGGACGUCUUUUCAGUUUCAUAUAAAAAUGCGUGGGAGUCCUGUUAACUCUAGCCUAGCGCAAAGUAAAAUGUUUACAGUUACUUGAUGCAGAUGGUUUUAAACAGCCAUGAUGAUUAGAUCGGAAGGGAGGAGCUGCAGAGAUUUUUUUGAGGUAGUCACAAAGGAUGGGAUCAUCCUUCCCAGAGGUCAAUAAUCCUUUUAUCCUCCCAACAAUGGAUCCAAAUUUGUCUUGCUUUCCACCAAGUCUUACACCUCCUCCCUGGCAGAUUCUCCUACUUUGAGACUUACAAUUCCGAGUUUCCUUACAUGCCUACCUUUCUACCUCAGACUAUUUCCUUUACCUUUACUUCUGUUGGUUUAUUACUGUGGCGUAUCCUCCCACCCAUGGCCCAACAGUUCUAUCAUCUUGUCCUUAAGACUUCUUCCAUUCCCCUCCUCCAUUCUUUCUUAAGGAAUAUCUACAAACUUCAGUCUCAAUUAUACUAAAACAGCAAAAGCAAAACCUAAACCUUGCUACUCUUUCAAAUUAUUAAACCAAUUUACAUUUCUUUGUUCGCCAAAAGUUCCAAAUGAACUUUUACACUUAUAUUUGUCACUUUAUUGCUCACAUUCAGUCCCAGCUUCCUUAAUCUGAAUCUUGUCCCAAACUACACAAAAAUUGGAAACCUUCAUCUAACAGUCUCCUCUUAGGCAGCUGCUCAUCUGUUCACUCUAGCAUCUUCCUUAAGCUUUCUCAUUUGUCUUUUCCCAUUCCACCAUUAAAUAGUAUUUGAAGAUCUUCCCAGUGCUAAGCACUGUGGAUGAACUUUACAUAGCCCUGCUAUCAAGGAGAUCAAGGAGUGUACUCAAGAUGGAGAGGCUACUAAAUCACCACACUGGACUGUUCAUUAGGUGCAGUGAUGAAAAUAAACCUUGGUUGCCAUGGCUUUCCGUAAUACUGCACUAUCCUGGUUCUUCCCUUAUCUGGCUGAUCGCUCCUUAUCUGCUAAUAAUUUUGUUUUAACCAUACAUACCCCAAGGUUUAAAGGGUGGUAUUGGGAGAAAAUUUGUGGGUUUUGUAAGUGGCAACUCUAUGUAAGCAGGCAGUGUAGCUUUUUCCCAGCGGACUCUGGUCUGUAAUUACGUUCAGAUAAAGCAAAAUUACCACACACCAAACAAUUGAAUUGUGAGAACUACAUUUUAAGAAGAAUAUUGACAAACCAGAGAGCUUCUGUAAGAGUGACCAAUACAGUGAGAGGUCUGGAAACCAGGUCAUAGAAAAUCGUUUGAAAGGAUAGUAGCUAUGUGUAAUAUGUACAAGGCAAUGUGCUAGAGGCGAUUAUUCAUUGUUUAU